UGACGGCCCGAAAUCGGAAUAAUAAUCAAAAGGAGACUCUACCUAAGACCGGAAAAAAAUUUACUGCCUCUCAAAAACCUAACAUGCAUCAAUCCGCCAUCAAAGGUCUGGAGUUGAACUGUCGUGAUGCAGAUAUUCGAAAAAGCAGCAUUAGCAGGAUUUCGGUCGAGGGAUACGACACCUCCCUUCGUAGGGCAGAUGUCGAUGGUGCUUUGAGAGAACACUUCGCUUCAUGUGGAAACAUAAUACAUGUUUAUGUUCCCGUUCCCUUAGACGUAGACGUUAACGGUGUUAUUCUCUGCAGAUAUUCCUUAAUUUAUGUUAAUGAAGAAGAUGAAGAAAAGGCACUGAAGCUUGAUGGAAGUGACAUGGGAGGACGGAUUUUACAAAUUAACCCUUACCCGUUCCACGAAAAUCACCUUGAUGAUUACUUGGCUCCUAUGCAAGAAGGCGAAUUCUUUCUGCCACAACACACGAUAAUGGUUAAGGAUUUUGAGUCUUCCCUUCCUAUCGAUGUUAUCAAGGCGCAGCUUGAGAAAUAUUUCUCUGCAAAAGGUUCUUUUGUUUACCAAGACGUAACCGCUUCUGGUGCUAUCAAAACCGUAGCCAGAUUUUAUGUCCGUGGACAAGAGGGUGUAGAAACGGCGCUUGAACGUAGUGGACGUUCUGUUGAAGGUUUGUAUUUUGUAGUUACUGAGGUUGUUCCAGUUCCAGCAAAAAUACGCCCGACUGGCUACUGUCACCCACAUAACUUUAUAGAAGAUCCAAAUAUUACGGAGAAGAGAAGUCAGAAGAAGAAGAAGAGCAAGACUACAGAGAGAAAUCAGUCGAAGAAGAAAGAGAAGAAGAGGAAGACCAGGGUGGGAUAUCAGAAGAAGAUGAAGAGUGAGAGUAGGGAGUAGAAAUCUGUUUCUUAUGAGAAGACAUGCUUUUUAUUAUAUCAACUUGUGUGUAAUGCAACCCGUUCUUUUCUUUUUCUUCUGGAUAUUGAAUGUGUUAUGUUGUUUUUGUGUGGAUGUUUAGCAACUCAAGACUUUCAAAAUCUACACUCUAGAAAUUUAUUCACAGCUA